AUGUAUUUAAUUUAUGGUGAUGCUUGGUUGCCUUUCAAUUAAAGAUAAACAAAAGUUAUUAAGAAUAGAGCAUAAUCCAAUAAAAGAAAGAGAAUCCCAGAAUUACCAAAGAUUAAGAUAAAUGCUUAAAGCAAUCUUUAGAGUAACUCAUCAAGAUAAACUUAUCACAAUAGCACUUACCUAGCUUAGUAUCCGUAAUCUACAAGGAAUUCAUAUUAAACACCUUAUUGGAAUAGCAAAAAUUUGAAUCAUUAUAAUAAUAUUUAAGAUGAGUCAUUAUCUCAUAGGUAAUAUAGCAACUAAUUUGAAGAUGAGCAAAGAAUUGCAUAAAUUUCAAGCAACAGCAGAAAAAAUUCUUAAAAUUAUAGCCCUGAAAUAACACAAAGCGCUAGAAGCAGCUCAGUCAUUUUAGAUAAUCAAAGCCAAACCAAACAUAAAUACUACCAUUAAGCAUAAAAUAAUUUAAACGGAUCACACGGAAAUCAAGAUUUUCAUAGCCAAACAUUUAGGCCAUCAGUCACACCUUAGUCUUAGUCAUUUGCAUAUACUAAAUAGGAUAGGUACAGUUAAGAAGGCGAAACAAGAACAUACUUUUAUACAAAUAAUCAGCAAAGAAAUAAAAAAGCUACCCAGAGCCACUAAUAAGGAUUUUAUCCAUGCGACGAUUUAAGUGAUGAUAAACAAUUUAGCGAAUAAGCAGAUACACAAUUUAAUGAAAAAUAAAAUUAUGAAUAGAAUAACUAAAUUUACAGAGAAACGGAGAGCAAUUCAAAAAAUUCAAGUGAUAUCAUGCCAAAGCUAGAAUCAUCAACAUUAUAUAAUGAAAAGAAAACUUAUCUUCCUAAAACAACAGAAAAUUACAAAUUCUUUUUGAAUUCGGCAUUAAAGGAUAUUCAUGGAAUCUAUUCUAAAAAUUAAUAAUUGGAAAAGGUAAAUAAGGAUAAAAUUAGAUACAGAUCAACAAGCAAAUCAUAAGUAACAUAAGAAAAUUUCUUUGAGCCAAGGAAAAGAUUGAAUUCAAUAUCAAGUAGUUAGAAAUAAAGCAGUUAGGAUAUGUAUUUCAACUAAAUCAAAUAGCAGCCAAACUAAACAGAAGAAUAUCAAUAGAGAAAUGAAUAACUAGUCAUAAAAAAUACACAUUUUAGUGAUAUAAAUUAACUAAACUAAGUGACUUAAUCUACUAAAAACUCAUAAAAAAACCAUUUAUAAUUAAUACCUCAUUAAAAUAAUUUGAAUCAGAAUAGUGAUAUAAAUUAUAACGAACAGUUUAACUAUAGAGCAUCUGUCGAUUUAGGUUAAAUGAAAUAAAACACUAACUAUGAUUUUUUUAUGAAGGAAACAAAUUAAAAUCACCUUCGUAAAAACUUCCAUUCUAAAAGAAUAGAUGAACUAAGCAAACCUAAAUACUCAACGAUCAAGCAGGCUUACCCUUAAGAGAAAUCACAAAGCUAAGCAUUAAAAAAAAGGAAAUAAAGUCCUUAAAAAAUUCAGUCUGAAAAACAAUCGAAUACCACUUAGAUUUAGAAUAACUCUGAAAAUCAAUAAAAAGUAAAAGCAAAAGACUCUAAAGAACAAAAGCUAAAUACAUAAUCAAAUAAUACCAAUUUAUUAAAAGAAAAUCAAUCAAUUUUAAAGAAUAAUAGUCAAGAAAAAAAUAAUAAUAAAAGGUAAUAAACUUAAGUUAAUAGCGAAACUCAAAAUUUAGCUGAUUCUAAAGUCCUAGAGGUAGAUUUGUUAAACGAUGAUAAUGAUAUCGAUUUCGAUUCUUCAUUUGAAAAGCUUUAAAAGACUGUAAAAUAACAAAAUAAGGUUUAAGAAAAGCUUUCUUAAAACAGCUACAAUUCUGCUUACAACUUAACUUCAAUAGAUAAAAUUAGGAUAUUGACUGGAAAAGGAAAAUUUCAUUUUAGUAAAAAAAUAGAUUAAAACUAAUAAUAGGACUAAAAGGAUAACUUGGAGUAGGCGAAGGACUUUGUUAAGCAAUAAAGGAUUGCCUAGAUAAGAAAUGAUAAGAUAGAGAGAAUUUUGUCUCUAAAAAACACUGAUAAUUAUAGGAAUUCCUUAGAAUCAAAUUUUUCAAGUUAGAGUUUAGGAAAAUUAGAGAAACAAGGGGAAAUUAAUUUGUUUACCUAAGAUGAUAGAUUUUCUUAAACUUUUAGUAAAUUUUAAAAUAGCUGCUUGCUGAAUACAGAGAAAAAGAUAAAAAGUAGAAAUGUGUAAUUUACUGUGAAUUAUGGGUUUAAGUUAGACAAAGAAAUCGAAUUUUAUAGAAAAUAAAGAGAAUAAAAGGAAUUAAAAGAAAAAGAAGAAUCAGAGUAAAAGCUAAAGCAACAAAAAGAAAUUAUUUCUAAGCAAAAUUAUGAAAGAGAGAGACACAGAAAUUUGGAAGUCGACAUUGUCAUUCACUCAGAGGAGAUACAAACAAAGUUAGUUUUUGGAGAAAAGGUUUCAUUUAUAAAAAUUCCUGUUGUAUCAAUAGCAGAGGAGCUUGAUAUAUAAUACAUUCAGCAAUUAGAUUAAUUUACUUCGCUUUGUACAAGCUAAAAGUAGAUGAAAGGUCAAUAAUUUAUAUUGAGAAAAGAAAAGCUAACAGAAUUAAAGCAGUAACACUAUCUCUUCCAUAUAAAUUCUUUAAUGGCAAAAGAAAACGAUUUAUAUGUAAAGGAUCCUGUUGCAGUUAGAGUAGAUAGCGAAUACUACCUUCUAUAAUUUUACAAAGUUUACAGGAAGCUAAGGGAUAUUUUGCUUAUGUAGAACUCAUACACGAUUUAGUCUAAACUUUACUAAAACAAAUCUAGCAACUAUGAAGAAGACGACUAUAGCAUAACAAACUAAGAGAAUGAAGAAGAAGAAGUGAGAGAUUAACCUUUCCUAAGUGAAAGCCAAAUAAUUCACAUUUAUAAAUAGGUUUUAGAAAAUAUUACAUAAAUGAAUGAAAUACUUAAUAUUUAUCAUUCUAACCUUAAUCUAGAUAAUAUUGGAUUGUUUGAGGGUAAUUGUGUUUCAGUAAUUAAUUUUGAUGAAACUCAAAUCAUAUUUAAUAAAGCUAAUCAAAAAGCAUCUAACAAAAACUACAUCAUAUCAAACAAUAAUCUGCAAAGAGUUUAGUACUAAAAAUAUGUAAAAUUUGAGGAAGUUUCUUCUAAUGAAUUUUCCCCCUUAGAGUAUCAAUUACACGAUAUCAUUUGUCUAUUUAUCUAAUUAAAAUUUGCAAAUCCAGAUCUUAUGUCAGAGAGCUAAUUUAAACAAUGCAUCAAAAUAAUAAAUUUAGAAUAACCCCUGUCUGUUUCUGGAUAAAUAAUUAAACAGCUCAUUCAAUAUCAAUAACUAUAAUAGUAGAAUUUAAUCCAAUCAUACGCAGACACAAUUUAUAUAGACAAACAUGGUUAUGGAAUGGAUUACUUAAUAUCCUACAAAUACCAAAAAUAGGAAAAUUACAUUGAUUAAAUUAUAUUUCACUUAACUAAUUUGUAACUCUAAAAAUCUAACCAAAUGCUAAACUGCUUACCUCAGCAGUAUUUUUCAGAUUAACUUAUUUUAAGAGCUUUCUACUACUAUUUGACUAAAUAAUAUGAGUUGAGUUACGAAGAGCUUCUUUAAUUUGAAAAAGAAUAUCUUGAAACCUAUCAUAAAGAGUAAGUUUAAAAUAAAGAAUUAGCAAACCAAAAACCAACAGAAUGUGAAAAAAUUAGCACAGUUAACAAGAAAAUUCUGUAAAAUUUAUAUUUUUGGAAAGGAAGAAUCGAGUUUAUGAAUAAACAAUUCGAUAAAUCGGAUAAAUCAUUUGAAUAGUACAUCAGUAUAUCACAAAACACUUGUAAUUGUCUUCUUGAUUUAGCUGAUUUCUACAAGCAAGUAGUAAACUUAAACAAGUCUAUAUUUUACUAUGAGUAAGCAGAAAAGUACGUAAUCAAUAAUAAGGAUCUUAACCUUUAUUAAAUUUAUUAUGUGCAAAUCAUGAAAAGAUAAAUUUACUUUUACCAAAACACAGAUAACAUAGAUAAAUAAGUAGAAGUUGCCAACAGAUGUAUUUAAUUCCUAACACAGACAUAUAAAGAUGAAUAAGACUGUGAGUUGUAAUCUUUUAAAUAGCAAUUCUCCAAUUUAAUAUAAUAACAACCCUAAGCAAAAAAACAAUGA